AACUAAGAACACUAGAACAGCCACCUAAUAGAUAAGAUUUCUUAGAUAUUUUUGCAAGUUUUCUCAAACCUGAUAUUAUUUUCCGUACGUGUUACAUAAAAUUGUAAUCUUUGUCAUCGCCAAAAAUAUCUACCUCGCCUAAUAAGCAACACCUCAUAGACGCUUUUUAUUUCCACCGAAACCCCCAAGUUAUCAUCAUCAUAUUGCAUUCCACAAACAGAGAGAGAGAGAGAAGAGAAGAAGAAAAAGAAAAGGAAAAUGGACAAGUGUUCGGGAAGGCCAAAUCGGAGUGAUGUUCAUCUAUCCGCUGAGGAAGAAGCUGCAAUAGAGGCAGAGGCCAGAGAGUACUUCGAUGGCGUCGUUCCAAAGAGGCACACAAAGCCUCAAAGAAGUGAAUACGCUUCUGAAUAUGUCGAUGAUUUAUCAAACUCCAAGAACGAUUCAAUUCCGGAAUUCGAACAAUUUCAGCGCCUCGAGAAUGAUCCACAACAGAAAUUGGUUUGCAAUGGGGGUCAAGUGCCAGAAGAAUUUGUGGAAACAGAAUAUUACAAAGAUCUCAGCAGCGUGGACAAGAACCACCAUACGACAGGAACUGGGUUCAUCAAAGUAGAGAAAAGUGGGAAAUGCUUCCACAUAGAGGAGUGUAAUGACAUUGCUUGCCAUGAAUCUUGCAAGUGCAAUCCAGCAACCAAUGACUGGGUUCCAGCUCCUUCAACUGAGGUGAGUUUCAAUUCUGACAAACCUAAGAGGAGUGACAAUUGAAGAACUGAGGAAUUGCUGCGGUUGAAGAGAUUAAUAUGAACUAGCAUCAUUUGCUUGUUUUUCUUGGGGAGGGUUUCAAGUAGUCCUUGAAGUUGUAAACCAAAUAAGUACAAAUAAAGAAGACUUGUGAUUUGGAUUCAUUAUUCAAUGCUAUUAAUUUGUGUUUGAGUA